UACAAUAUUGCUCUUAACUUUAUAUGUGUCAACGGCAAUUGGAAGAAUAAAUACGAAUUUAAUUUUGAAAAAAGUAAAUUUUCGUAUCAUAAUAUUAUACGAAUGUCUGGCUAUACGGGAUCAGAAAAUUAUUGGGGACAAUCUCCCCAAGGCCAAAAUAAUUUUGAUUCCUUCGCUUUUGGACAACCUAACCCUCAAUUCGAGUUCCAGACAUAUAAUGAUCAACAGUUUGCAGGUUAUUCUUCUUACUCGACAAAAGGUUAUCUCGGUUCUACUCAAAGUGCAUUUACUGGUGGAGCUACUGGGUUCGUAGAUGAAGAAGAAGAAGAACCACCUCUCUUAGAAGAAUUAGGCAUAGAUCCAAAUCGAAUAUUACAAAAAACAUUAGCUGUAUUAAAUCCAUUUCACAGGAAAAGACAAAUAGAUGAUCCAAAUUAUUUACUUCAAGAUUCAGAUUUAGCAGGUCCAGUAGCGUUUUGUUUACUACUUGCUGUAUUUCUUCUAUUAGCUGGUUCAAAAGUACAUUUUGGUCAUAUCUACGGCUUAGCUAUGACAUCAUGUAUUUUGAUGUAUAUUCUUCAGUCGCUAAUGAGCAGUUCUAAUAAUAUUACAUUGUCCUGUGUAGCAUCUAUAUUAGGUUACUGUUUAUUACCCAUAGUAAUUCUUGCUGGUGUUAGUAUUUUUAUAAGUCUACGGGGCACAAUUGGUUUAGUUCUUGCUAUAAUAGCAGUUGCUUGGUCAAUGCUUUCUGCAUCUAGGCUACUUACUACUAUGUCAGGAGAAGAAAAUCAACAACUUCUUAUCAUCUAUCCUUGCGCUCUCCUUUAUGGCCUUCCAUCUGAUCCAGCACAAGUUCAACAACCUAUUUUAGUUUGCACAGCACACAUCCAUUGGGAUCCAGAAUUUUGCGAUGUUAAGUUAAUACAAACAAUGAUGCUCAGUAAUGAAUUACGUUCCAUUUUGGACCAAGCUGGCCAGUCUUUUAGACCUGGUCACAAGCCCGACUCUUCCAAUGUUCAGUUGUUACUUUGUGGCGAUUUCAAUUCCUUGCCUGAUUCUGGUGUAAUUGAAUUUCUUACGUCGGGGCGAGUAGCGGCUGAUCACCGUGACUUUAAAGACUUAGCUUACAAAUCAUGCUUACAAAAGAUCUCUGGUUGCGAUAAACCUAAUGAAUUUACUCAUUCUUUUAAACUUGCAUCUGCAUAUAGCGAAGAUAUCAUGCCCUAUACUAAUUAUACAUUCGAAUUCAAAGGUAUAAUAGAUUACAUUUUUUACUCGAAACAAAGUAUGGUACCAUUGGGACUUUUAGGUCCUCUAAGUGCAGAUUGGUUUAAAGAACAUAAAGUAGUUGGUUGUCCACAUCCACAUGUUCCAUCUGAUCAUUUCCCCCUACUAGUAGAGCUUGAAAUGACACCAACAGUAGGAACAAGUAAUGGAUUGAUCUCACGCAGGUAGCAACCGCUGCGAUCUAGGCCCAAAUAACUAUAAGGGAAUGAUAAAGGAUAAUAAAAAAGAAAUCCCCAUCACAUUUUUUCUUACUUCUGGCUCUAGCAAUAUCACUCGCAGUCGACAGUUACUUCAAUAGCGAAUGUUACAAAUACUCCAUAUUACCGCACAUUCAACAAGUUAUUAGAUAUUGACGAAUAAUUCUAAUGACCAGGUGAAGGGAGGUGUGUUGUAAUGCG